CCCUGACACUUCUCAUAAAUAUUACCAAGGCUUAUUCAGGGGAACUCGCACUACAAAGUCACAUCGCGUUCUGGGGUUUAACAAGCUUUCACCUGUCAGAAAAUACAAUUUUUUUUUAUAUACCUUUCUGCUUUUGCGUUCUUUCUUUUUACCCUGCCGGUUUGGCACCGUCGGAUGCGCUCCAGGUUUGGUUUUUUCCCCACCGCAACUCCCAACUUUGUGCACCGGAGCUGGAGGGCUGGUGUCGCCGUUAACCGGAGCUUCCAGGUCGGUUCCCUGCGUGUGGAAGAGUUGCUGAUACAAUGUGCAGUCCCGUGUCUUGAUUCUGGAGUUGUUCGAUCGGAGGUUGAGUCAACUUUGGGCUCCGGACUUCGCCGAUUUCAUCGCUGCUGCCGGUGAAAGAAGCCCAGAAAAGUGCUGCGCUUUCACACAUUUGACCGUUUCUGUCAUCGAGAAGAAGAGAAGGGGGAGGUUUUUCCAUUCAGAUUCUUUUAAAAAAAAUAUACCAAGAAUCCAUGAUGAGCAAACCUACCGGCUCAACAAGUGGCUGUUUGGAUAUUCUGAAUGUCAAAUCAAGUCGUAUUCUGGACAUCCCAUGUAAAGUGUGCGGCGACCGCAGCUCAGGGAAACACUAUGGUGUUUACGCCUGUGACGGCUGCUCGGGAUUCUUUAAGAGGAGCAUCCGCAGAAACCGGACCUACGUCUGUAAAUCUGGAUCGCAGGGUGGUUGUCCCGUUGACAAAACUCACAGAAACCAGUGCAGAGCGUGUCGUUUGAAAAAGUGUCUGGAAGUGAACAUGAAUAAAGACGCCGUUCAGCACGAGAGGGGGCCACGGACGUCCACCAUCCGCAAACAGGUCGCUCUGUACUUCAGGGGUCACAAAGAAGUGAACGGUUCCUCGACGCAUUUCCCCGGAUCCUCGCUGCCCGGGCCUCCCUUCUUCACCACCGUCACGCAGCUGGAGCCUCACAACCUGGAGAUGAGCACAGUGGCCACGACACCCGAGAGACAGGCCAUCGUGGGUCUAGCACAGCCAACCCCGAAGUAUCCCCACGAGGUCAGUGGCACCCCCAUGUACCUGUACGAGGUGGCCACGGAGUCUGUGUGCGAGUCGGCGGCGCGCCUCCUGUUCAUGAGCAUCAAGUGGGCUAAAAGUGUGCCCGCCUUCUCCACCCUCCCAUUAUCUGAUCAGCUGAUUUUGUUGGAGGACGCAUGGAGGGAAUUAUUCGUUCUGGGCAUUGCGCAGUGGGCCAUUCCCGUGGACUCCACUACUCUUCUUGCUGUUUCUGGGAUGAACACUGAAAACACGGAGUCUCAGCGGAUGAACAAGAUCAUGUCUGAGAUUCAAGCACUUCAAGAGGUGGUGACCAGGUUCAGGCAGAUGCGUCUUGAUGCCACAGAGUUCGCAUGCUUAAAAUGCAUCGUGACGUUCAAAGCUGUUCCUACGCAUGGCAACACUGAGUUGAGAAGUUUUCGCAACGCCAGCGCCAUCGCAGCACUACAAGACGAGGCCCAGCUCACUCUCAACAGUUAUAUACACACCAGGUACCCGACUCAGCCUUGUCGCUUCGGCAAACUGCUCCUGCUCCUGCCGGCGCUCCGCUCCGUCAGUCCGUCCACCAUAGAGGAGGUGUUCUUCAAAAAGACCAUCGGCAACGUGCCCAUCACCAGGCUCCUCUCCGACAUGUACAAGUCCAGCGAUAUAUGAAUUCUCAGCAUCGGAAAAAAAAACUGGAGAUGUGAAGGCCCGCGCACACACAUACACACACACACUCACACACACACACGACAGACCGUCAAAUCAUAGCAGCUGUAGCCAUUGGGCUGAUUUUUUGCUGAGCACAAAAUCUCUUAGGCUGUCUUAAUAUAGCCUAUUUAGUGCUAGAGGGUCCACUGAAACAAAGACUGCAAGCCUGUUAACAGUUGCUCUAGUUAAGGAUUAGCGUGUCAUUAUUGAACUGCCUGUAUGAUUCCGAAAAUUGCAAUCUGUGCUGUGGGCAAACAGCGUUGAAACAUCACCUACAGACUCUGGAGAGCACCUGCCAAGUCCGUGUGGGAAAGAGAUGUUGUAUAUUAAGAUGUUUCUCGAGUGUCUGUGAGACCAAUGAGCUUGACGACCAAUUCAAUCUUUUAUUGCUGUGUUCAAUCCCAAUGGAGGAAACCAAAAAAGAAAAAGAAAAAAAAAGGAUGACGCAUGCGUAAUGGUGGGGACGUGAGUCGCUGUUCCUCGAACCGGUGCUGAAACCAAACGCAACAAUGAAGAGGUGCCAGCUCUGAGAGGAAAGGGACUUUAUAAAGGAUAUGCUUGCGUUGCCUCCUGACUAUAAACGUACAUUCAUCUGACGAUGGUGUCUGUAUUUAAGUGGCUACUGUCCUGUUUGUGUUGGUGUGUCCUGUCUGAGGCGCAGCAUUAAACAUGUUUAGGUCGACUUUGUGGAGUUAGACACUAACACUGGAUCAAACAAUAUUCAGCACUUGGAAAUGUUUUCUUUUUGUUUGUUUCGUUUUUGUGGCCUGUGAUGUUUUUAUUCUGCUGUAAAUAUCUGGAGUUAUGACUAUUUCGAGUUGUAACUGGAGAGAAUAAAAUACAUUGAAUUAAA